UGGGAAGUGUAGGUGUUUAGCCAGACAAACCUACGUCGCGAGAUGGAAUACCAGACUCCUUUUCCCAGCAUGCAUUGGCAAAGCCUGCGCAGGCCGAAUGGAACGGAUUUUUUUUCCCCGACUUGACAAGUAUAUAUAAAGGAUUCUGUUUACCACAGAGUCAGGCAGUUCUUUGUUUUUGUCGCUGGAAGACGUCAGAAAUGAGUGUGUGUCACGACCAGGCCAAUUUCUCAUAACACUUCUAAGGAAGAUGUUCUAAAGAUAGUGGCGAACUUUUUCAAGAUAGUGUUAUAGUUUUUUCCUAACCCCCCCCCCUCCCCUAUCUUUGUUUUUCCUGGAACUUGUAACAGAAGAAAGAGGCCCCGUCUGGAAACGUCUGACAAAGAUUGCCCAGAAGUCCAAGGAGCGUUCCUGUUAAAGGUUGCAGCCAUGGGGUUGUUUCGGGAGCAGACUAUAAUCCACACUACUGGGUUCAGGGUUAAGACAGUUGAAAUGAGGCCAGAAGAUGCCUUUGACUUCUGCUCUGGUUCUUUACAUUCAGAGGAAAUUCUCAAGAUGUUCGAUGAGUUCCGCCAGACCAGGCUUUUCACCGAUGUGACCCUGAGUGUGCAGGGCCACGAGUUUCCCUGCCACCGUGCUCUUCUCUCUGCCUACUCUUCCUACUUUAGAGCCAUGUUCUCCUGUAAUCUCCGUGAGAGCAGGGAGAUGAUGGUUAGAAUCAGCGGUGUCGGGCACGAGGGGGUGAGGGUCUUCAUCAACUAUGUUUACACCGGCUGUGCCAGGAUCACAACUAGGAAUGUCGAGUCCGUCUUUGAAACCGCCUGCCUCUUCCAGAGCAACACACUGCGGGAUGCUUGUGCAAAGUACCUAGAGGACCAGCUGGACCCAUGCAACUGUCUUGGACUCCAGCGCUUUGCCGAAACUCACUUCCUCAGUCAGCUUGCCAGCCGCUGCAAGAGUUACGCCCUGGCCAACUUCAUAGAAGUGUCAGCCCACGAGGAGUUCCUCGACCUGGGGGUCGAAGAGCUGAAGAAAUACAUCAGCAGCGAACAGUUGUACGUUAGCAGGGAGGAGUCGGUGUUUGAGGCGGUGAUGAGAUGGGUGCACCACAAUAAGGAGCAGAGGAAAACCAUGCUGGAGAGUUUGCUGCAGAACGUUCGGUUGCCCCUGAUGCACCCCACGUACUUUGUCCAGCACGUGGAGGCAGAUGACAUCAUCCAGAAGUCGCCAGACAUCUACCACCUUCUCCACGAGGCGAGGCGCUACCACGUGUUUGGAAACGAAGUGAGGUCACCCAGAACCUGUCCUCGCAGGUCGACUGGCUUCUCAGAGGUGAUUGUUGUGGUCGGGGGCUGUGAGCGACUGGGGGGCUUCAACCUGCCCUACAACGAUUGCUAUGAUCCAGUCACAGAAGACUGGUCGUCGCUGAACAAACUGCCCGAGUUCACCAAGUCAGAGUACGCCGUCUGUGCCCUGCGCAAUGACAUCAUUGUGUCUGGAGGCCGCAUUAACAGCAGGGAUGUGUGGAUGUACAACUCCCAGCUCAACCACUGGAUCAAAGUGGCCUCUCUCCUCAAGGGCCGCUGGAGACACAAGAUGUGCACCCUGCUGGGCAAGGUCUAUGCUUUGGGGGGCUAUGACGGGCAGACCCGCCUGAAAAGUGUGGAGUGGUACGACUGCUUCGCCAACCGCUGGACAGAAGUAGCUCCGAUGACAGAGGCUGUCAGCUCACCAGCAGUGGCCAGCUGCUUUGGCAGGCUCUACGUUAUCGGAGGCGAGACAAAAGACGAAACCUGUUCAGACAAGGUUCAGUGCUAUAAUCCAGACACGAACCAGUGGACGCUACAGGCCAAAAACCCCAUCCCUAGGCGCUGUAUCUCAGCGGUGUCCCUCAACAACAUGAUCUAUGUCUGCGGCGGGUUCUCUGAAUCCAUUUACUGCUACGACCCACAGCAAAACAACUGGCUCUGUGCGUUCCAGAUUUCCGACAGACUGGAGAGUUGUGGCAUGGCGGCGAUUAACGACAACAUCUACAUCCUCGGCGGCCAAAGGCAAGGUGGCGACGCCUCAGAUAAAAUCAUAUGUUUCAACCCAGCAACAGGCAUCGUGGACACAGAAAAACCACGUAUGCCACGGCCCAUUUGCUCCCACGGAUGUGUCACAAUCCACCGCUACUCUGAAAAGACCAAGCCAUACGCCACACAGACAGGCGACAUGUGAGGACGCACCAAGAGAGCCAAAGUCUCCGCGUACGUCCCACAGACUCUUGUUUCAGCUUUCUUCCCACAUCACAGGCUUGUUUCCCCUCACCUGCCCCGCGAUGUGUCAUCACCUCAAUGUGUUUUCUACAUUAUGUUUUCUCCAUUGCAGUAAUUAAUUUUCACAUGUUUUUCUUACUUUUUAUAUAUAUAUAUAUAUAAUGUUAUUAUUUACAUCAUUGGUGUGUAAGAUUAGUAUUACUGUCAGCUCUUUGGUAUAUGUGGGCAUGUUGGUGGUUUUAGCUAGAAACCUUUGUGGAUCAAACUCCAGGAAUCCUCUGAACAGCUGAUGUCAGUACGUGGUAAGCAUGGAUGUUACACUUUUUGACUCGAUCUACACAGGUCGGACCCCGGCAGGUGUGCCAUCAAGUUGUAGCGUAAGCAGGACACGAUUGCUGACUAUUAUCUGAGGGUGGCUCCUCCCACUGAAAGGUUUUCAUGGAUACAUGGCUGUGUGACUGGUGGAUGAGAGCGUGCCGCAGUGGUGUACCUCACACAGUUCAGCUAAGGGUUUACGACUUUCUGGCUCACAAUCUAAGGUUUUACUACAGGUUUGUAUCGAUGGACCAGAGAAAUUGCUGUGAAAAUAAGUUUAAUGAGUUUGUUUUGUAUGUAAAUUAAUUUCUUAUUUUUGUUGCAUAUUGUGUUUAUAACUAAGAGCCCCAAUUGUGCACUUUAAGAAAACCUUUUUUAAAUGGAGAGAGAAAGAUGAUUUCUGAUUUUGUCUUUCUUUCUUUUUGCUUUUGUUCAAAAUGCAUCAGCAAAAUAACUUUUAUUCUCUUAUGUUUUUACAAAAAUGACAAACUGAACAAAUACAGUGAGAUUUAUUUUUUUUUUUUUACUUUUUUCAGGAUGACAAAAACAACCUGUGGGUUUAUUACCAUCUAGAAAAGCAAAACUUACUGCAUGGGAAGCAAAUGUCCUGCAUAUAUUUAUCUCAGAAAACCAACAAAACCGGUGGGGUUAUUUAGCUUUAUUGCAUCACAGAUACAUCGAGACAGCUUAACUUGGUGUCGGGCCUUGUUGGUGUUUAUUAUGUUCUCCACAGUUUUGCGUUAGGCCAGCUGAAAGGGUUAAAGGAGGAAGGCUGCAAAGAUUAGAGUGAGAGCGAGAAACAAUAAGUGUGCCUACAUUUGAGAUUUUACUGAGUACAUUUACAAUGGGACAGAAACACUGACCUGAUUCAAUUGUUUUGCAGUAGACUUCAAUUUAUUGGCUCCCUGUGAAAAGCCUAUUCACUGUUAUUCUGUUUAAUCAAAUGUAUUUUUUUUUUUUGUUGUGUUGAGGUGUGGAUUUGUGUGCCGUUAAGAUAUGGUAAUUUUAGCAGUUUAAAAGUUAUUUUAUUGCAAAUUCUAACUGGGAAGAUUUGAGCAACGAAAGCUCGAUUAACCAUUCUUUAUAAACGCAGAUAUCAACCAAAGUUAAUUUGAUUUUGUCCCAGUUGCUAUUUGUUGGAAAAUAACUGAUUGUGCCUGCAUGCAAGACAAAUACUUUGAACAUGUUAAAUGCUGUGCAGUAUGCCUUACCAAACAACUGAAAAAAUCUUGACCUUUUUAAUAUAAUUAUUUUAUGCAUGAUGUAAGGAGGCGAACAGUCUGGAUCUUGGUAAUGUAUUAAAUGUAACGGUUGUAAGAGGAACAUCAAUAAACUCUCUCUAUUAA